AAGUGAAUGAAUAAGGACUAUAGUCUAUAAGGUGCUUACCAGUGUCUGGUCAACAAGUUUCAGUUUAAACGCGAAACAGAGAAGGUGAAGGCAAAAUGGCAUCCCAUUCCCACGUUUUGCUAUCGUCGGCGGCCGGGAAUAUCAGAACCUGCCGGCGCGAAGCCCAGGCUACUCAUCGCUUUUCGCUUCUUAAUCAUCUACCCAUUCGAGCAUCCACCACUAAGGAGCCACGCAACCUUCGCUGUGGUCGAUCUUUUCUGGGUAUACAAGAAGUUCUUCCUACCUUCUGUUCAUCAAUGGCGGCAAGCGCUCGAGCUACGUCGAUAUUCGCAGCUACAACAACUCUAGCAGUUUAUAUAGCUGCUGCCGCAUCCUUCAGCUGGCCAUCGGCCUCCGCGGCUUCUCCUGAGGCUGCGUUUGUCAAGAACGCCAUCUCUUCCCACCAGAUCGUUAUCUUCUCCAAGUCAUAUUGCCCAUACUGCGGGACGGCUAAAGCUGUAUUCAAAGACUUGAACAAGGAACCAUAUGUGAUUGAGCUUGACGAGAGAGAGGAUGGGUACGACAUACAAGAAGCAUUGGGUGAGCUCGUGGGGAGACGCACUGUGCCUCAAGUUUUCGUCGAUGGCAAGCACAUUGGUGGCUCUGAUGACACUGUUGAAGCUUAUGACAACGGUGAACUAACUAAGCUUCUGGGUGUCGACGGAAAGGAGGAUAUGUGAAGUAAUGCUGCAUCGACAGCGUGUAUGGGGCAUCAGUUAGAAUCCCAGUUUUUGCUCGAACCUGGUUCUGCCCAGCUAGUUGAACAGCAAGCUUCACUGCAAUCAUGUCAUUUGAAUAGGAUGAAUCUGAACUGAAACUCACUUGGCUCCAACCGGUUCCUUCGGGGUUGGCUCAUCGUACGAGCUUACGUGUAGGGAUAAACCUAUUCCCAACAAUUGGCAUUCACUUCUUGUAUUCAGUACGGAUGGAGUAAGUGUGGUUGGAUUACAGGUUUACAGGUUUACAAGCAAAGUGAUUUUUCAACUUGUCAGUUUGACUAACAUUUACAAUAAAUUUCUCACGAAUUAUGAAGA